AUGGGUGCUCACUUUGACUAUAUUUCCAUCCUUACAGGCCUGCCCGCCGGAUCAUACGGCGCCGGAAACAAAUACAUGGAACAACAGUUCCACGUUCAAAAUGAGCCCUUUCCAAACCUCGCAUGGGCUACAGCCUCUUGGAAUAUGGGGGCUGCAUUCUGGCCCCUGAUCUUCGUUCCAUUGACCGAAUCAUCGGGGCGCAUGCCCGGUUAUUUUAUUGCAUAUUUCAUUCUGGUCGUAUCACUAUUUCCUUCGGCCUUUGCGCAAAACUUUGCCACGCUGGUCGUUACUCGAUUCUUUGGCGGUGGAGCCUCUUCGGUGUCUAUCAACAUUGUCGGAGGUAGCAUCAGUGAUGUCUGGUAUGGCCCCAAAGCUCGGAGCUUACCGAUGUCUCUGUUUGGAUUUACGAGUGUGGUUGGAAUCGCUUUGGGUCCAUUUAUCGGAGCAGCCAUUCAACAGAUCCAUAAAAGCAGCCCAUGGAGAUGGAUCUUCUACAUUCAAAUCAUUUAUAAUGCUGGAUUGAUCCCGGUCUUCUGGUUUAUUCUUCGCGAGACCCGUGCAGAUGUAAUAUUAAAGCGACGUGCGAAGAAACUCCGCCUGGAGACUGGCCGCGCUAUAUAUGCUGAAGCCGAUUUGGACACCACCAGCGUAAUGAAACUUGUGCAGAUUUCAUUCGAGCGCCCCACCCGAAUGCUCCUCACUGAGCCUGUUGUCAUAUUUUUCACCCUCUGGGUCAGCUUUGCGUGGGGAAUUCUCUUCCUCUUCUUCUCGAGUGUCGCCCAGACCUUUAGUUCAAAUUAUGGCUGGGGUACAUUCCAGACUGGUUUAGUUCAAUUGGCCAUAUCGGUUGGAGCUGUGAUUGGCACAGUCCUGAACCCUAUCCAAGAUUGGAUCUACCUCAGGUCUGCGCCCCGAAAUCCUGAGCAUCCGGGUCAUCCGAUUCCCGAAGCCCGGUUGUAUACUUCUAUACCAGGCAGUCUGUUGUUCGCCGGCGGGCUGUUCUGGUACGGCUGGGCCAGUGUUGGGGACGGUUCUGUCUCGUGGAUCGUGCCAACGUUGGGAAUUGGCUGUACUGGCGUGGGAAUUUACUCCAUCUACAUGGCUGUAGUCAACUAUCUGACUGAUGCAUACGAAAAGUACGCUGCUUCGGCGUUGUCAGCUGCUUCAUUGGGGCGCAAUACUUUUGGUGCUUUCCUGCCUUUGGCUUCUUUCCAGCUCUUCAACAACCUAGGUUACGGGUGGGCUGGGUCCUUGCUCGGCUUUGUCGGACUCGCCCUAUCGGUUGUACCCGUCGUUCUGGUACUGAAGGGGCCGGCUAUUCGUCGACAAAGCCCAUUCAUGCGCGAGGCCAUGUUUGACCCUGAUGAUGACAGUGAAAAGGACCCCGCCUCAGACAAGGCGGAAGUGUGA